AUGCCUCCUGGACCAGCAUAUAACUGGCUAGCUGCCGCUCACUCUUUGGCUCAAAUACUCGAACAUGCCGCACAUUACCGAGCCUCGCAAGUUUCCGGUACACGCUCACGCGCCACGCCGUUUCGCGAGCGAGCGCAGGGCGCCCAGGAAGACAUAGUUCCCGCCAAUUCUGCCGAAUCCCGUCCUUCCAACUCCCUUCACAGAGCGAACGAAGAAUGGCAGCGGGCUCUUGCCAUCCCAGCACGUGCCUCGAGCUCGCGCGAUCACCUUACACAACCCCUGCCGGUUGUACCGGAGGACGAGCUCUUCAAUCCUCUACCGAGCUCCAGCCGUGCGCCAGAACCUAGUAGUGGAUCUGAAACUCCCUCCAAGACUAUCCCUGUUGUACCCGAAGACGAGCUGUUCAAUCCCACCCCAAGCUCGAGCCAGACACCGUCAUCCGCAGCAAGAACCCCUGGCUCUACUCCCGCUCAGCAACCAUUGCCCGUCGUUCCUGAAGAUGAGAUCUUCAACGAGAGACCUACUUCGAGCAGCCCGCCACCCGCAACAGUCUCGCCUUCUACGAGCGAAGUGGAGCACUCGUCUCAGCGACCCGACUUACCGGCACAAGGCGCCUCUCCCGCUAUCCAGGCUGCGGCGUCUGAUGCAUCACCGCUCGCUUCAGCUCCUCUUGAAGCCGCCCCGCUGGUGGACGCGGCAGUGCCGCAGGCUAGGAGAACUCUCCAAUCUUCCCGAGUCCCCUCCUCUCGCAUAGGAAGAUUCUUCCACUACGGGGGUCUUGCUGCAUCCCUUGGCUAUGGCGCUGCAACUGAGCUUCUUCGUGGCGGCGGCUCGUCAGGCUCGCUUAUGAUGACCGAAGCCAACAUCUCGCGGCUUGUCGGGAAGUUGAGCCAGAUGCGCGGCGCCGCGCUUAAAGUGGGGCAAUUCCUAAGCAUUCAAGACACGCACGUUCUACCGCCAGAAGUCGAGAAAGUGUUUCGCCGCGUCCAGGACAGCGCGCACUACAUGCCUAACUGGCAAAUGGAGAAAGUGAUGACCGCCUCUCUCGGCGAUUCAUGGCGAGAUAACUUCGUCUCUUUCGAUCCCAUCCCAUUUGCUGCUGCAUCCAUCGGCCAGGUUCACCGCGCAGUCCUUUCAGCAUCAGUCUCGCCCACUGGGAAGGACGAGGCCGUGGCGGUGAAGAUUCAGUUCCCGAACAUCCGCCAGAGCGUUGAGAGCGAUAUUGGAUACCUCAAGGUGCUCCUCACGGCCGGUCAACUGCUGCCGAAGGGCCUGUUUCUGGACAAAACCAUCGCCGCCAUGAAGGAGGAGCUAGCCGACGAAUGCGACUACACGCGCGAAGCGAACUUCCUGCGCACUUUCGGAGACGCGGACCAUUUCGGGGGUAACGACCGCUUCAAAGUGCCCUGGGUAUGGGACGGCAGCUCACAAACCGUACUCGUGAUGGAACACGUCGACGGUAAGAGCGUCGGCGGGGAGCUCGUCGAGCGCCUAUCCCAAAAGGACAAAGAUGACAUCGCCUCCCGCAUUAUCGAGCUCUGCCUCCUCGAGCUCUUCCGGUUCCGCGCCAUGCAGACCGACCCGAACUGGACGAACUUCCUCUGGAACGAACGCACGCGCCAAGUCGAGCUCGUCGACUUCGGCGCCACGCGUACAUACUCGGGGCGCUUCAUGGAUGACUGGCUGCGCCUUCUGAGCGCCGCUGCUGCUGGCGACCACGAUGCCUGCGUCGAGGCCAGUCUCGCGCUCGGAUACCUCACGGGUCAGGAAGAGGACGUCAUGGUGCGCGCGCAUGUGCGUAGCAUGCAGCUGCUCGCGACUCCGUUCCGCCAGGAUACGGUUCAGCCGUUUGCGUUUGGACCUGGGAGCGAGUGGACGAGUAUUACGAAGGAGAUUCGGGACCAGAUACCGGUCAUGUUGCAGCAUCGGCUAACGCCGCCGCCGCGGGAGACGUACUCCCUGAACAGGAAACUGAGCGGGGCGUUCUUACUGGCGUCGAGACUCGGAGCUCGCGUUGACUGUCGUAAGCUCUGGGAGGAGACGACGAAGGACUACGUCUUCGGCCAGGAGUAG